ACCCCUCUCCCCUUCUCUCACGCACUCUCUCAGUCACCUCCAUUAGCUCUACACUUCCACUCUGCUCCACUCCUUCCAGCUGCCACCACCGCCACCUCUUCCGUCCGCCCUUCUCUCUCUCCCCGCGGCGCGGAGAGAGACAUGAGACCCAACUUCAGCCCCUUCACAUCCCACUCUUCAUAAUGCACGUAAUAGCUUCUCUCGUCUUCUUCAUUUUCCCCUUGUCGGCGGCCGCCGGCGCCGUCUCCUCCCCCGACCUUAGUGCCCUCAUCCCCAACGACGCCGCGUCCCUCCUCGCAUUCAAGACCUCGGCUGACCUCGACAACGCCCUCCACUACUCCCUCACCGAGCGCUUCGACUUCUGCCAAUGGCGGGGCGUGAAGUGUGCCCAGGGCCGCGUCGUCCGCUUCGUCCUCCAGGGCUCCGGCCUCCGCGGCUCCUUCGCCCCCGCCACCCUCUCCCGCCUCGACCAGCUCCGCGUCCUCAGCCUCCAGAACAACUCCCUCUCCGGUCCCGUCCCCGACCUCUCCCCUCUCUCCAGCCUCAGGUCCCUCUUCCUCGGCCACAACCACUUCUCCGGCCCCUUCCCCGCCUCCAUCGUCUCCCUCCACCGCCUCAGGGUCCUCGACCUCUCCUUCAAUAACUUCUCCGGCCUUCUCCCGCCCUCUCUGACCGUCCUGGACCGCCUCGACACCCUCCGGCUCGAGUGGAACCGGUUCAACGGCUCCCUCCCCCCGCUGAACCAGACCCUGCUUGGCUCCUUCAAUGUCUCCGGGAACAACCUCACCGGGCCUGUCCCCGCGACGGAAACCCUGUCCCGGUUCGGUUCCUCAUCUUUCUCGUACAACCCGGGCCUCUGUGGCGAGACAGUGAACCGAGCGUGCCGCUCAAAGGAGCCGUUCUUCGGCGGGCCUCCUGCCGGCGGCGCCUCCGUACCGGCGCCGCUGGGUCAGAGCGCAGAGUCACAAGGGGCGGCUGCGAUCGGGCUCUCGCCGCCACUUGUGUCGCCGAAGAAGCACAAGAAGACUGGAAUAGUACUCGGGUUUACUGUUGGGGUUCUUGUGCUGAUUUCAGCUGUAGCAAUCGUUUUCGCAUUGAUCAAAGCUCGAAGGAACAAGAGCGGCGAUGAGAGUCGAUCAAUCGGCCCAAAAGAGCCUUCAGCGAUAGCUCCAGAUGUAGCGGAGCCCCCACCUUUUUCCGCAGUUCCCAUUCAGAAGCCAGUGAUGGAGGCAAAGGGCAAUGUCGAAGAAGCGCCACCGAGGGUUCAGAGAAGAAGCGGUUGCUUGGUGUUCUCUGCAGGGGAGCCAGAGCUCUACACUCUGGAGCAGCUGAUGAGGGGGUCGGCAGAGCUUCUGGGGAGGGGAUCGAUGGGGACGACGUACAAGGCUGUUCUUGACAAUCAGCUCAUUGUGACGGUUAAGCGGCUGGACGCGAACAAGACUGCCUCCACCGGGGAGGAGGCGUUCAAGCAGCACAUGGAGGCCGUGGGCGGGCUGAGGCACCCAAAUAUGGUUCCUGUGAGGGCUUACUUUCAGGCCAAGGGAGAGAGGCUGGUGAUCUUCGAUUACAUGCCCAAUGGCAGCCUCUACAAUCUGAUCCACGGUUCGAGAUCUGCGAGAGCAAAGCCUCUCCAUUGGACAUCAUGUCUGAAGAUCGCCGAGGAUGUAGCCCAGGGGCUAGGAUACAUCCACCAAUCAUCGAGGCUCAUACACGGGAAUCUCAAGUCUUCCAACAUCCUCCUUGGGCCUGACUUCGAGGCCUGCCUGACCGACUACUGCCUCUCUACCCUCGCCGCUGAGGGCUCCACCCAUGACCAUGAGGACCCUGACUCCUGGGCCUGUAGGGCUCCCGAAGCCCGCAAAUCGCCCACCCGUGCUGGCCCCAAGUCAGAUGUCUACGCCUUCGGAGUCUUGCUGCUAGAGCUUUUAACAGGCAGGCACCCCUCCCAGCACCCAUACCUGGCCCCGCCGGAGAUGCCAGGGUGGGUCCAGGCAGUCAGGGAGGACCACGAUGGAGAGGACCACAGACUCGGGAUGCUCGUCGAGGUGGCAGCAGUUUGUCGGUCGGCCUCCCCUGAGCAUCGGCCCAUCAUGUGGCAGGUCCUGAAGAUGAUACAGGAGAUCAAGGAAACUGUGAUGGCGGAGGAUAGUAAUGCCUAGUCUUGAGAUGAUUUUCGUAAAGAUUGUAUUCCCCGGUCGAAAGGGAGUCUUUAUCGAGGAUGAAUGGAGAAUGAAGAUUUUUAGGUUUCCACACACUCAUUCAACUCGAUUGAAGCAUAUUGUAAGGUAUCAAAUCUUUUAUCUAGGAUUAGAUCGAGUAUAGGAAUGGGAACAUUUCUGCCCAAGACCGGAAGGUCAUGUUUAAUACUUGGGUUGGGACAGGAUAUUGGAGUGGGGUGAGAUGAAAUUUCAAAUCCUAUGAAUUUACAAUUUAUUAUGAUCAA